AUGUACAAAAGAGAACAGCAGAAAUAUGGCUACACACACCUUUCUGCUGGUGACCUCCUUCGAGACGAACGAAAAAGGCCAGGCUCACAGUAUGGAGAACUCAUUGAGAACUACAUUAAGGAGGGUGAAAUUGUACCGGUGGAAAUAACAAUCAGCUUGUUGAAGAGGGCUAUGGAUCAAACAAUGGCUGCCAAUUCCCAAAAGAACAAGUUCUUGAUUGAUGGAUUUCCCAGAAAUGAGGAUAAUCUUCAAGGCUGGAAUAAAACCAUGGACGGAAAAGCAGAUGUUUCUUUUGUUCUCUUUUUUGACUGUGACAAUGAGAUAUGUGUUGGUCGCUGUCUUGAAAGGGGGAAGAGCAGUGGUAGGAGUGAUGAUAAUCGUGAGAGUCUGGAAAAGAGAAUUCAUACAUAUCUGCAGUCUACAAAGCCUAUAAUAGACUUGUACGAGAGAAUGGGGAAAGUCAGAAAAGUGGAUGCCUCUAAAUCUGUUGACGAGGUGUUUGAAAAUGUUGUACAAAUUUUUGAAAAAGAAGGCUAGUUCCCAGCUUGAAGGUUCACCUUAAACCUGUGCUUGAAUUUUGCUUGAUAGCUGCUACUGCAGUCCACUCUUUGUAAUUGUUUUAAAAGUUCUUUUAUUUCACACAUUCAGUGAUGAUUGGAAAAA